AUGAAUAUUGUUAUUCUUUUAAGGUACUCGGGUAAAUGGAGAUCUCAAAUAGAAUAUGUGGAUUAUAAAAUUGAAGGGAUUGUUGUUGCUGAAUCAGUAAAUUAUAUGAGGUUGAUUUCAUCGAUUGCUGAUAAAAUAAACAUUGACGAAACUCGGAAAAAUAUUGAUGUACAUUAUGUUGUUGACGUGAAUGAUUCACCUUUUCAUAUCCGUAACGAUAAUAAUGUACAAUUUUAUGUCGAGUUGAAAAAAUCUCAACCAGCGUUCAUGAUGUAUCCGUUUUGUAUUUCAACAACAGAAAAAUGUGAAGAUGGCAUAUUGUUCGAUAGGGAAACAGGAGAUGUGGUUUGCCUGGAAGGUGUUGAAUCUGAUGCUUUGGCUUUAUCUGUUGCUGAGACACAAAAUGAGUGUGCUUUGUAUGUACCAGAGGUUGAAGAUAACUUGAUAUGCGAUAGCAAAAGUAUUGAUGUAAAGGUGAAACAGAUGUACAAGGAUAAAAAUACGCUUGUUUCAGUGAUGUCGAAAUAUAAAGUGACUAAUGGAUUCAAUGUUAAAGCAAAACGAUCAAACAAAAAAAGUUACUUUCGUAAGAGCAAAGAAAGUAUCAGUGAUUUGUUUUAUUCAAUGGCUAAAGCUUAUAGGAAAGAUGAUUUUGAAUAUUUGAUGGCAAAGAUUGAAAAAGCUGAUCCGAGAGUGAAAAAAUAUUUACAAGAAGUUGGUUAUGAAAAGUGGAGUAGAUGUCAUUCACCGGUAAAUAGAGGUCGGAUGAUGACCUCGAGUAUUGCUGAGUGUAUUAAUGGUUGUUUGGUAGAGGCCCGGCGAUUGCCAAUAUAUGGAUUCUUAGAAGAAGUUCGAAUAUUAUUUGGUUCUUGGAACUGUAAGAAUAGUGAAAUAGCUUCUUAUACAAGUACCACUUUGGGCGUCGAUUUGAAGAAAUUCUUACUCUCAACGGUGAAGUCUUUUUCAACAUAUAUAUAUUCAGUUUAUGAAUCUGGGAGAAGAUACAUUGUUGAUUUAGAAAAUGGCUCAUGCAACUGUGCAAGAUUUCAAAUAGAUCAAAUCUCUUGUGUUCACGCUAUAGCUGUAUUGAAGUCUAAACAUGUAAAAGAAUUUGGAGAUUACUGUUCAGAAUACUACAAGCCAAACACAUUGGUCAAGGCAUAUGAGGUUCCAAUGCUAGACAAGAAAGACUGGGAUGUUCCCAGCAGUGUAGAUGAAGAAGAAGUGUUGCCACCGUUAUACAAAAGACUUCCAGGUAGACCGAAGAAGGGGAGAAAGAAGAAAUCAAGUGAAACACUUUCUUCAAGCACAAACCAUUGUGGACGAUGCGGCCAUGAAGGGCACAAUAGGCGUUCAUGUAGUUUUUUUUCAAAGGAGAACUAG